CCUCAUCAUAUAUCAGUGAUUGAUCUAGUGACCUAUAUGAGUAGCUGGAUUUGGACCAAUGGUUGUCUUCUCAGCCGUAUAGAGAUCUGCAUCAUCUGAUUGAAAAAAUUCUGUUUGGGGGAUACGUCGAGGGCAGAGCCGGGAGAAAUGUGUUAGUCGAUUGACUGCCCUAAAGAAUAUAUCAAGAAUCGAAUUCGAGAGCAAAGAGUUGCUAGUUGCAGGGAUGAACGGCCUCAUCUUGGGCACGUUACAGUUGGUGUGGCUAGUGACCGGUACUCCUUUAGAUUCUGGUCGUUAUUUGAUCGAUAGCAGACCGAUUCAUUUUAUUGAUGAACCAGACACAGACUCUCACAUUAUUAAUUCCACUAUAAUAUUAAAAAAGAAAACUAAUUCGGCUGGCCCCGUUUACUAUGAAUCCCGAAAGCCAGAAUAUGCUAUCAAUAAUCACCAUGUACGUCAAGGGGAAGGAGCCGUAUGGAAACGACCACAUACUACGCCAGCGCAGUCGUUCAGCAAUCACAAAGGUAAUAUCCAGUGGAAGAAGUGGGGUCACAUUGUGAGCAGCACAACUACAACUCCUAAACCUACAAACAGUAAAAUCUCAGUAGUGAGUGGAGAAAUUCUUAUUAACAAUCAUAAUUCAAACAAACUGCCAAAUGCCCGACCGAUGAGACCAGCAUCCGUAGUAUCUAUCGUAGAUACUUCGCCAGCCCAAAGUACAAUUACUGAUGUUUUAGGAGAUAGAAUUAAGCAGCCAGAUAUCAUCAAAUCUGCAGCAAUAAGUGUCCUUGAUGCACCAAGCAAUUUAAAGACGACUAUAAAGCAUAAUAAAAUAAUCGUCAUACAAAAACGCACGGAUAAUCUUCCUCAGAACCAAAUUGAAGAAGAUAUUCAAAUAAGCACAGAAAAGCCAACGAAACCGCCAGAUAUGGGUAAUUUUUCUGUUGCUCCAGUGAUGGAUCCAUGGUCAAAUAUUCCUAUACCUUCCAGACCAUCGUGGUCAUUAUCACCAAUCAAAGGAGGAAUAAUCCGGCCAGCUGCUCCUCAAACAGUGGUACCUAAUUUACCAUUCAUGCCUUUUUUAAGCACUCUUAUCACACCUUUAUUAAGUAAGCCUAUCACACCUUCAGCACUUAACUCUGGAAUGCAAGGUAUAAAAGCAAUGCAAGGCUUUUUGAGAAAUUCUCUAAUGGGUGCAAUGUUCUGUUUCUUACCAAGUGCUUUUAUUGCACUUUCUCUCACAGCAACGCAAAGGGCGGAGGUACGAAAAAUUCCAGAAGUCGAUAAUAUGAUGGUAUUCUGCAAGAAAUGCCUAGAAAAUUUGAAAGAUAUGAAAGACCAAGCAAUUUCUAAGCAAUAUGAUUGGUUGAGUGCUGAAUCGGAAUGAUUAUUUAAUUUAUAUUUAUGUGGCAUUUAAUUAUCAGCAUAGUUAAGUUUUUGUUUUGUGUCAUACACUUAUAAAAUUACCUCUAUCUGUUGCAGAAUUUCAGACAGAUGUUCGUACAGUAUAAUUUUAAAGACCUUAAUUUAUUUUUCAUCUGCACAUAUUUCGAACCUUCAAUAAAUUAAAUGGAUAAAAAUGGUGUAGUAAUUAAUAAAUAGAUCUAUCUGCACAAAAUUUAUACACAUAUGAUUGAACUAUAAAAUUUCCCUUUAAUUUUAGGUCUACUUAACUUCAAGAGUUCUGAGAAUUUAUUAAAAAAUUUUGCCAAAUGUGGUUGGUAAUAUUCUGUUUUCUAUCUAAUAAAAAUUCUGCUUUAAAGUAAGCGGUUUACGUAACAGUGUUAUACUAUGCUAUACAUUUUUAUACAGAAAAAUAUUUGCUAAAUAUUACCUGACUUCUAUAUAGUUUCUAAUUAUCUUUUACUGCUAAGCUUGUUUUAAGCUUGCAAAUCACUGUGCUUCGUGCAAUAAACUAUCUGAAACUUCAUUCCUGAUCAGAACACUUAAAAGUGUGAAAAGUUCGUAAAAUUCAUAAAAGAAGUUGAUAAAGGUGAAACUUUUGAGUCUUAAAGCACAGAUUGAAUUAAAACAUUACCUUGCAAAUUAAUUUUUAUUCAAAGGUUUAUAUUUAUUCAGUUCGAAACCUAUACGUCAAUGACUUACUUUCAAAUUAAUAUUUACAAAUUCUAGUGUAGUGCCAUAUCAAAUAUAUUUCUACAAAUCUGUUUCUUUAAAAUGCAGCAGGGUUUUAAAAAAAAGCACAAAAAUACCGUUUGACAAAAAAUUUGCAUAUUUUCUUAAUUCAAUGAAAUAAUCGUUAUUUUACAAUCACCAUCCUACUAUGGGUACAGGCUGCUUUUAUCAUUUGAUGUUCAACACUAGAGAUGUAUCAUUUUUCAUUUUAAUUUUCUUCUUACAGAUAGUUAUGUAAAGAAAAUUAACAGUUCUGUAUUCAGCAGCUUAAUAGAAAAAAAAAAAAAAAAAAAAAAAAAAAAAGAGAGAGAGAGAGAGAGAGAGAGAAGCUAUUAAUGAUGUACGACUAAAUUAUAUAUCUUAUUACAAAUCAAAACUAAACUACUGUAAUAGUACUAUUUCAAACUUGAGCAGCAAAAAUUACAAUUAAAAAGUAUGGAGUCCAAGAGUACUAUGGCAAAAGCUUUAAAAAUCAAAUAAUUGUAAAAUGUUACUGUAAAAUAUUUAGACACACAUGUAGAGUAAAAGUAGCAAAUCAAAACAAUUUCGAUAUUUUUACAGUUCGGAUAACUUCAAGAAAAGAAAAUUGACCACAAAUUUUAAAUCGGAAGGAGUUUCAGGUUAAAUUCUAACAAAGAGAUUUCUAAUUAAAUGAUAUUAUGAAAGCAGGAAAUUCUAUUACUGUUAUGUAUGGAAAAUUAAUAGAAUCUUGGAACUGUUUUAUUUCACAAAUUAUGUGGUGUAUUAGAACAGGCUGGUGAAUCUUCUAAAAAAAGUUCUUCACCCAUUACAUAAGCUGCAUAUUCCACAAAUGUUAGAGACUAAAUCAGUAGGGGGGAAUUAAAAAAAAAUAAACUUAAAAAAAGGAUUAAAAAAAUAAAUGUAAAAGCAUAUGAAAAUAAUUUAAAAUACAAAAAGUAAAUUGUGAUCUAAUUUUACAAAAAGCUUACAGCAGAGAAUUUCAAGAAAUAUAUCUGCAUAUACUAAAAGGGAAAAACGUUUUUAUUCUGAUAUCGUAAAUGCUGCAUUAAGUAUAUUAAUUUUAAAAAAUCUUUCAAUUCACCCUCAAAAGGGACUUAUUUUUGGUACUAGUCAGUAAAAGGUAUUACAUAAUUUUAUGAUUAUGAUCUGGAAAUUUAUUUCAUGAUUAUGAUCCUUGUAAAGAAUAAAAUCUACACAUUUAACACUCAUUUUCUUUUUCUAUUUUUACUUUUGAGUUCUAAAAUAUUGUAAUGAUCAUUGUAUCUUCUGCGUGUGUGUGCAAUUAUGGCAAAGCCUCGAGGGCUAUCUGCCUAAGGGAAGAGCUGCCUUCGUGGAGGACUUUCUAAGGGAAACUAGCUUGUAUACACAUUACACACGGGAAAACCACUGCAUCUUCUGCAAAGCAUGUAUUACUAAUACUGGCAUUAUUGCAAUAAAUUUUUUUCAGUUAGUUUGGACAUUUUCCAUCUCAUAAAAGUACACUAAUGUACACAUUUAUUAGCAUGUCUGAAUAAAGAUUAAUGUCAAUGAA